ACCCCAUUUUAAGUCCAUUGUUUAACCGGCAGAGGAUAAAAGGGUGACCAGCGGAGUCGAUCCUCCAGAAGAGACCCGAGUACCCUCUACACAUCGUUUUCGUCAUGUCUGGCGAGCUAGCCGAUCGGUUUGAAUCCCCCAUCAUCUCCCUCAAGGAGGGGGAACCAUACGUUGGCAUUCCCACCAUCGAGGACAGCUCUGUACCCCUCAUCCUCAUUCCAAAGGAACCCGGUGUCCAGCCGCCAAUGUUCGAAUUUAGGAGAGUUGGAGACCCCCAAAAUCGAACCUAUGAAAUCAGAAUUGGCGGCAGGGUAACGCUAAUCGAAGGGAGUAGUGUUGUGGCCGUCCGGGACCGACCCGCUCAGGCAUGGGGCAUCUUCUUCCAAGAAACUGAAAAUGGAUUCAUCAUUCAGCGGAGCGUCUUUCGACCUGCGACUGUCUGGACCGCCGAGGAAGAUAGAAUUGACAUUCGCAUCAACCCGAGCACCAAUUUCCCGAAAGAGCAACUGUUCAGGUUUAAAGGUUUGACCGGAGUGUAGAACGCAGGAAAGCCGAAUUCUGUGAAUGUUGAAUAGUCAUUCCAUGUACAAGUUAACGUUUGUCGCGAG